UCGACGUGCCUCUGCUCGUUUUUUUUUUGUUAAUGCUUUUUUUGUGCUGCGGCUGCGCUUUUAAAUCUUCGCGUUCGCGGUGUGAUGCAAAUAUGACCGGCGAUAGCCUGGCCAGUGAAAAAUACAACGCGAAACGAUCGGCAACUGUGAAAAUCGGAUGAUAAACGCAAAACUCCAGAAAGUGCCAGCAACUGCAACAGCAACAACAAUAAAAACUCGGACUCGGAGUCGGAGGCGCAUUGUGUGAGAGAGAAGAGACUAGACGAGAUCGAAGAAGGAGAGGCCGAGACCGAGAGAGAGAAGGAACAAGGCGAAGGCGAAGGAGAAGAGGCGGCGGUGGCGGAGGAGGAGGAGUGGAGCACAGAAUGGAUGUUGAAAUACCUGUUUUGGCUGGAUAUCUUAAUGUGCCGACCCAAACUGGAUUUUCGCUAAAUCGCAUCUCGAAAAAGAAAGCAUGCAAUCGGUACUGUUUGCUAUUCAAGGCCAGUCGUCAUGGUAUCGCCCGUCUGGAGAUGUGCGAGAGCAAGGAGGAUCGCAAUCCCAAGAUCUUUACCCUUGAGAACUGUGUUAAGAUCACCCAGGAACCGCCGCCCGAACGCCUCAUUCACAUUGUGAAGCGUCAUGGCACAUUAACCCUGAGCACCAGCAGCGAGGAGGAGCUCAAGGAUUGGAUCACCGCCCUGCAGACCGUUGCCUUUUGUGACACCUCGCCGUCGGGCGGCAUUGGCGGUGCCAUCGAGGAGGACAAUGACCUCUACUGCAGCUCCUUUGAUGGCCUCUUUAUCAUCACACUGAUCCCUUCGGAGGCCUCCAUUCGCUGCAACAUCGAACCCAAAACCUACAUGCUUCAAAUGACGCCGGAAUUGCAACUGAAAUCCGAGGAUUUGGGUGCAACGGUUGCCAUGUGGCCGUAUCGCUUCAUCCGCAAAUAUGGCUAUCGUGAUGGCAUUACAUUUGAGGCGGGUCGUAAAUGCACCACCGGCGAGGGUGUCUUCACCUUGGAUCACACCAAUCCGCAGGAUGUCUUCCGCUGCAUGUCCGCCAAGAUGAAGUCAAUGAAAAAGCUCAUUAGCGGCGACAGUAGCACUCUGAGCACACUGGAGUGCAAUGAGAAUCAGUUUAGUGCAGCGGCAGGCAUGGAACCGGGCUCAAGGAGCCCAUUGCCACCGUCACCAUCGAGUAAUCCACAUGGAAGCGUUGCUGGCGGAGAGUUCGAGAUCAAUUCCACACAAAGUUGCAUCUCAUUGAGGGGAUUUAUCAGUUCGAAUGAUUCGCUGAAUAACUUUUCGGGAGGAACAUUAUCGGCAGCAUCGGUGGGUACAGCAAAUGCACCAUCUGCUCCUGGAUCUGUUACACUCACCGUGCCGCACAGCAUUCCCAAGAAGCCACCGCGAAAUCUAACAACAACAACAACAGCAUCAACAACAGCAACACCCCAACAUUGUGAUAAAUACAGGAACAUGAUUAAAUAUGAGCCUGUGGCCAUAACAACAUCCUCCUCGACAUCCUCCGCCACCGGCGCCACCACCAGCGAUAACAACACUUCCGUGAUACUCAAGCCCCACAUUGUCACAGAUACGGAUGUAUCUGGGCCAGAUUUACCGCCGGAUUUGCCGUUGCGCAAUGAGAGUAAGGAGGCGGCACCGCCACCAGAGAGGGAUUACGAGUGCAUUGAGAAUAUAACCGAGGCGUGGCGUACCCGAGGUGUCGGUGAUGUACGCCAUUGCGAACGGAUGCCCAUACUCUGCGAUACCACGGAAUUUGUGCGCCAACGUUCAAUUACCAGCAGCGGUACACCCAAAAUUAUAGAUAUCGAUAUUGGCGAGGGUCUUGGCAACGAUGGAGGCGCCGCCAAUGCCGCCUCCGAUGGCAACUAUGAUCGCUUGGACUUUCUGUCGCCAAAUAAUAAGACCUCCAGUGGUUACAAGACCAUUGUGAAUGUGACACUGCCCGGCAAUCGGAUCCGUUGCAGUCCGCCGCCGCCCAAUGAAUACGAACUGAUUGCCAGUCCCGAUACGGAAAGUUUCCGCAAGGCCGACGAUAGUCAUCUUGGCUAUGGGGUUCUUCGCAAAUCCACUGGCACGGCCAAUAAUAAUAAUAAUAAUAACAACAAUAAUCUGGGAAUCUCCAAUAGCAACAUGGAUGGAGGAGGAGGAACAACGGGUAUGGGUAUGGGAAUGGGAACAGGAGCAUCGUCGGCCAUUGAUCAUCGCAGCUAUAAUGGUCUCAAUUAUACAAUUGUUAGUAAGCCGAAGCGAGUGUAAGGUAAACACGGGGACUGAAGAGGGGAAAGAAUGGAAAAUGAAACCUCAAGCCUGAAAGGGGUGCAGUCUGUGUGUGGAAAUGUGAAUUCGAACUAAAAGCUGUUUUCAAUUCCAAUUAAUAGCCAUAAAGCAUUGAAUAUCGUUAAGAAUAAACCGAAGAGUAACUGGAGCUAGGGAUGUAUGUAUAUCGAAAGUAAAUUAUAUAUGUUCCAUAUAUUCUAUAAAAAUUCUAUAGAAUUUUCUGUAAAAUUAUCGGAAUAUUUGUAUAUGUUUUAAGUGUCUUGUCUGUUUUUCCGAUAUACAUUUAUAUACAUACAUAUAUAUCGAAAGAAAAUUAUAUAUACACAAAAAUAUUGCUUUCAAUAUUCUUAUUCCACAACUAUUGUAAAUUUUAAUG